UCAUGCAGUUAUAGCUCAAAUUCAAUUUAUAUCAAUUAAAAUUCUAUAAUUGCAGUUAAUAAAUUAAAAUUUUCAAAUAGAUCCGAAAAAUUACCAAAAUUUGACAUGAACCAAUCUAUGUUGUAUAUUGCUUAUACAAAAUGUUUUGAAGUCAAACACCAAUUCGACUGUCACUUUGGCUCCAAAUCUUACUGAAUCCUUCUCAGCGCUAUGAUUCUUUUUCGGAGAUACUUCCGUUUGUAAGCAUCGUACAUGACGAAAUGUGCGAAACCUUCUCAAUUUUUUACCAUAGCCUCCACAUAUGAUAUCAUGAGAUCUUGACAAAUCUCAUAAUUUUCAGACUUCGUUUGCUUUUUUUUAGAAUUUAAAAAUGAUUCGGCCACACUUUCGUGGGCGUGUUUCCUAAACAAGAUGUUCGCUGGCGCCUCAUCGCCACCGACCCGUCCUUGCUCGCCGCUCACGCCGCCCGCCGCCCGAUCGAGAUGAUCAGCUGUAUUCUCCACCCUAGAAGUCAGAUCAGCUGUAAAUUCUCCACCCUAGAAGUCAACAGGACGCCUCUCUCCGUGGAUGAUCAUACAAGUCCGUCGUCGCACCUCCUGAACCUUAGGCAGCUCGACGGAGAUGGAAGCUGCUCGACAACCCAAUCACCAGGCAGUGGACCAACCUGCCUGCGCUGGUUCCACACCCGUGUUUCACCGCGCUCACGUGCAGUUUCUACCUUCACGUCCCGUCCGGCGAGUAUCGCCUCUUGUGCCAUGGCCUGGAACAAGGUGCGGCCGCCAGCAGUCGUCGUUAGGAGGAGGACACGGAGCGCGAGUGCUACUACAUCCUCUCCACCACCGUUGGCACCCUGCCGUUGGCUCGCGGCAUCUCCUCCUCAGCUCCUACCAACUGCCUCUGGGAUCUCCGCAAAGACUAUGGCGUUCUCGUGGCUCAUCGCGGGAUCCUCCACUGGUUCCAGCACCCCGAGGCCACCAGCACCAGCAAGAUACUGUCGUUCGACACAGUUUCCAAGACGUUCCGGCUCAUGUCGCGGCCGCUGGAGCGAGGCGGAGGCGGUGAUACAACGAGGUCACUGUUGGAGCUAGACGGGGAGCUCGCCGUGGCGAACAUGCAGGGCGAGGCGUCGCUGGACAUAUGGGCCCUGCGGGACUACGAGGCGGAGAUCUGGACGCUGCGCCAUCGGGUGGAGGUGCCGCCGCCAACAUGCAGCCGCUACUACGACGUGCUGGUGACUCCAUUGCCGUGGAUCGUGGACGUCAUCUCUCUAGGGGGCAGCGCCAUCCUGAUUGGAGAACCCUACUCCGUCAACGUGACUAGGUUGUACCAUCUCAAGGACAAGAAGCUAAUCAGGGAAGUGUGCUUCCAGGACAAGGUGCCCACGUUCGUGAUGUUUAAGGAAAGCUACGUGUCGCGUGCCUUCUUCGACUCGCCUCGCAGACCAGAUGUCGCCUACAUAAACUUCUCCGAUCAUGAUGAAGACGAAGACGGCGCACCUUAUUAGUACUCCUACUAUAUCAUUUUUAAUUAACACAAUGCAAGGAACCAAAGGACCAAGGAU